UUUUCCCUCGGUUCCUAGACGUUCCUCGGAGCUCUUUGAUGCCUCAGACCUUUCCCUUUUAUCCCUCUUGCUCAGGUGCUUCCUUUCACAACUUUUUCCAGAGGGCAGGCGUCCUAGCUCCAGUUGCUCCAUCCCUUGGGCCCUCCCCUGCUCUUCAUCUAGCCAAACUGGUUUGAGUCAGCCACACCCCUUCCCAGCUCCCUGGGCUCUUCAGGUGGUGGCUGGCCACUCAACCCCACCCCUGGGCUUGGCUUGGAGCCCUGAGUCAGCUCCAUCACCACCCAAGCCAAACUGAAGCUGAGGCAGGAGCCGAAACUCGAGAGUCCCUCAAGGCCUAUAGCCAGGUGAUGGAGGACGAGGAGAAGGCAGUGGAGAUCUUGGGCAAAACGGAAGCUGCUCAUCCUCCAUCCCCCAUCCGCUGCUGCUGGCUCCGCCUCCGCUGCUUGGCAGCUACUAGCAUUAUCUGUGGCUGCUCUUGCCUGGGAGUCAUGGCUCUGGUGUUUGCCAUCAAGGCGGAAGAGCGGCAUAAAGCAGGCCGGUCCGAGGAGGCAGUGCGCUGGGGGGCCCGGGCCCGGAAACUCAUCCUGGCCAGCUUUGCUGUCUGGCUUGCUGUCCUCAUUCUGGGUCCCCUGCUGCUGUGGUUGCUCUCCUACGCCAUCGCUCAGGCUGAGUGACCCUGGAUGGCCUCUGAUGAGAGCCAGCCGAGACCUCCUGGAUCCUGCAAUGCGGCAUUGCUAAGGUCCUGUGACAGCAGUGGUUGGAAGGAUCCUGGUUGGAAGGAUGAGGACUCUCUCAAGGGGCUUUGGAAGAGCUCUUCUAGCCCUUUAUAAAAGGAGGGCAGCAGCUGAGACUGAUGAGAGGAGGGCAGCCUGCUCUGUUCUUUCAGGGCCCCCCACCCCCAUCUCCCCUACCCUAGCCCACCCUAGGGCCUCUACCCAGCGGGAGGGGUUGAAGACCAGGCCUGGUUUUAUUAGAAUUCAUUUUGUAAUAAAAGCCUUUUUUAGUGGUGAAAUACUCCUGUCUAAUUGUUCUCCCCCUGCUUUCCCUUGGGCCCUUGGUGAGAGCCAGACGGGACAUCUGACUGAUAGCAGAAGCCAGCAUCCACCUCAUCCAGGAGCUCCAAGAGAAGGAAACAAUUUUUAUUUUCUUCUUCUGGAAGUUUCCCUUCUUGUAAAGACCCCAGCUUCUCCCUUGUACCUCCACAGAGACUCUGAGGCCAAGAGUAGUAGCAGCUGCUACUGUUUAGUACUUACUAUAUUCCAGGCUGUGUUCUAAGCACUUUGUAUUUCUUAACUUACUCCAGUUUUCAGUCACUCAGUAGGUAUCUAUACUAUCAUAUCCAUCAUAUGAAUAUAUCACAUAUGAUAGGUACCAACUAUCUGAGUGAAAACUGGAAGAAGUGUUCUAAAAUCACAGUGUUCUCGUUUUAUACUUGAGGAAACACACAGAUUUGCACAAGGUCCUCAGCUACUAAAUGGUAGAGCUGAGACUGAACCCAAACAAUUUGGUUCCAGAGCUGAGAGAGGAGUGAAAGAGUUGGGUAACAGCAGCAACCAUCCUGUACAUGGAGAUUUGAGUGAUUAAAAUGGAUUUUCAUAUCUUUUAUCUUGGACCUCAUAAUAUUUCAAAAUUUUUUUUAAAUUAUGAAGUAUACAUAUAGGAAAAUACCCAAAACAAGUAUACAGUUCAUUAACACAAAGCAAACGUGAAUGACCACAUUCAGUAAAGAAAUUGGAACACUGUCAACACUUCAAAGCCUCCUUUAUACUACUCCCAAUCACUGCUACUUCCUUUCUUCCCACAGGUAACCACCAUUCUGACUUCUAGCAGUGUCGUUUAAUUUUGUCUGCAUUUGAACUUUAUAUAAAUGGAAUCAUGUAUUCUUUUCAUGUUAA